AUGAAUCACUGGAUUGCAGCCACAUGCAAAGCCAAAAAGCAAGCACUCAAGGAUCCAGAUGUGGAUGAAUUGGAACUCAAGCCUGACGAGAAAAUCAAUGACGCUUUCAAAACUUCUGCUCUCAAGAAGCUGCGACUGUGGAAGUCAGUGACCCUCGACAACCUUUUUGGCAAGGCUUUUCAGCCUCGCAAAUGCAAGGUUGCUUUGCAUGCCAUCUUGCAGGAGGAAGAGCUCAUGGAGAAGCUCACAAAUAUGGCUGAGAAUGCUAUUCCCAAUGAUGGUGCCAUUGAAAUUGACGACGGUGAGGAAUAUAUUGAGCAAUAA